GUCUCGCUUCAUCACCCCCUCACAUCCCUGCUCAUCUCAUCUCCAUUCACUUCCUCCGUAAUGGCCACCUCUCCGGCACCCCCAAGUCAUUUCCCUUCAUCCUCUGCGGCCGGCGGUACGCCCCACCGCACACCGCUUGCGUCCUCCUCCCUCGGUGGCUCACGUCCCAUCGACCCUCUGAACUAUCGGGAUGUCCACGGCUUGGGAGCCACCGCCGAGGGACGACGCCCAACGCGCGAGUUAGACAUCGCCGACAAUACGGACGAAGGCCGGCGCCCACAACCACGAACGCGUAUCCAGGACCGGUCAAAUAUCCCGCUCGUGUCCGAUGAGCUCGGCGAGAAGGUGCAAGCGCAAUUUGAGAAGUUCCUCGAGAACUACACGGAUGGCGUUGAGUUUCCCCCGACUCCUUCGUCAACCGGAAUGGGGGAGAGGGAAGAACCCAAUUCCGACCAGAGGCCAUACAUCGACCAAAUCUGGCAGAUGAAGGAGCUGGAAUGGGCGACUCUGUACGUCGACUGGCGACACCUCAUGGAACGUGAGGAGACGCUCGCAACCGCCAUUCAGAACCAGUACUACCGCUUUGUGCCAUUCCUUAAGCGUGCAGUGCAGAACAUGGUCCAGAAGUACGCCCAGGAGUACGUCUUCCGAUCGGCUCCGACUGUCGCUAGCCCUAGCGGCUCAUUCACCAACGUGAAUUUCAAGGACUUCUCGGUUGCGUUUCACAAUAUGCCUCUUACCGCUGGUAUCCGGCAGCUGCGCAUGGAAAAUGUCGGCAAGCUCAUGAGCAUCUCAGGGACUGUAACACGAACAUCCGAGGUACGCCCAGAGCUCGUGUCGGCGACCUUUAAGUGUGAGGAGUGCGGCACGCUCGUUCAUAACGUUGAGCAGCAAUUCAAGUAUACUGAGCCGCUCAUGUGCACAAACGCGACAUGUCAGAAUCGCAAAAGUUGGCAGCUCAACCUGGAGAUGUCGAAGUUUGCAGACUGGCAGAAGGUUCGCAUUCAAGAAAACGCAAACGAGAUACCCACUGGUAGCAUGCCUCGUUCCCUCGACGUCAUUCUGCGCGCGGAAGAGGUUGAGCGCGCAAAGGCUGGUGACAAGUGUACCUUCACGGGCACUUUCAUUGUAGUCCCGGACGUGUCGCAACUGGGCAUUCCAGGCGUCACAAACGAGAUGAUGCGCGAGAACCAAAACGGACGAACCGACGGUGGUGUCGCCAGCCAGGGUGUGACCGGUCUCAAGACCCUAGGCGUGCGCGACCUCCUGUACAAGACUGCCUUCUUAGCCUGCAGUGUAUCGAAUGCUGACCAGACCGGAUCGGUCGGCGACAUUCGCGCUGACUUUGACAACGACGACGCGGAGGCUUAUCUGCAAACUCUCACGCAACAAGAGCUCGAUGAGCUCCAGGAGAUGCGCCUAAACCCGGACAUCUACCAGCUCCUGGUCCGGUCCAUUGCCCCCACAGUCUAUGGACACGACAUUGUCAAGCGUGGUAUUCUGUUGCAACUGAUGGGCGGCGUGCACAAGCAGACGUCAGAAGGCAUCAAUCUUCGCGGAGAUAUCAACGUCUGCAUCGUCGGCGACCCAUCGACAUCAAAGUCGCAGUUCCUCAAGUACGUCUGCGGGUUCCUACCCCGCGCUGUAUACACGUCGGGCAAGGCGUCUUCAGCUGCUGGUCUCACAGCAGCCGUCGUUAAAGAUGAGGAGACAGGGGAAUUCACAAUUGAGGCCGGUGCUCUCAUGCUGGCGGACAACGGUAUCUGCGCCAUCGACGAAUUUGACAAGAUGGAUAUCGCUGAUCAGGUCGCCAUUCACGAGGCAAUGGAGCAGCAAACCAUCUCCAUCGCCAAAGCUGGUAUCCAGGCUACCCUCAACGCACGUACCUCAAUUUUAGCCGCUGCCAACCCUAUCGGCGGUCGCUACAAUCGCAAGCAGUCUUUGCGCGCCAACGUGGCGAUGUCGGCACCCAUCAUGUCACGUUUUGAUCUCUUCUUCGUGGUGCUGGACGAGUGCAACGAGGAGGUGGAUCUCAGGCUCGCGCAACACAUUGUCAACGUCCACCGCAUGCGCGACGCAGCGAUCAAGCCCGUGUUCUCUACAGAGUCUCUCCAACGGUACAUUCGGUACGUGAGGACAAUCAGGCCCAAGAUCUCUCCCCAGGCUUCACAGGUUCUGGUGGAGAAGUAUCGUCAGCUGCGACAGGACGAGGGCGGUCCCGGAAAGUCGAACUUCCGCAUUACGGUGCGCCAGCUCGAGUCGAUGAUUCGCCUGUCUGAGGCCAUUGCGCGCGCGAAGAGCCAGGAAGUGAUUACACCGGACAUUGUCAAGGAGGCGUACUCGCUGCUCCGCCAGUCGAUCAUUCACGUGGAGCAAGACGACCUCGACCUCGAUGAUGACGAGAUCGAGAUGAACGGCAAUGGCAGAAACGGCCACCCCCCUACGCCCGGCCUGAGUGGCGGUGACGACACAAUGGAUCAGGACGAGGACGCGGCCCAUAUCGCUGCCCUUGAGGCGGCUGAAUCCAGUCACCAAGCUGGGACGUCCGCAGGGGCGACCGUCGUCCCAGCGCAGAGGCGUAUUCGGAUCACCUACGACCGGUACAUGGAGAUCAUGAACCUUUGUGUGUUGCACCUCUCCGACGUCGAGAGGACGACAGGCAAGGGUGUAGAUCGCGAAGAGCUGAUUAUGUGGUAUCUCGAGCAGAAGGAAUCUCAGUUCGCGGAUGAGGAGGAAGCUGAGUAUGAGCACACGCUCAUUUCCAAAGCCCUCACGCGUCUGGCCAAAGAGAACUACCUCAUUGAGAUCAGAGGCGAGGCCCAGGAGGGUCUACGGCCAUCCGGCGAACUGGAGGAGAGUGGCGAGUCGCUCCCUUCGGACAAGAUUUUCUACAUGGUGCAUCCACAGGUAGAUCUGUCCGACUUAUCGUCCUCUGCGCCGCGCAUGACAGCCUAGGUGUAUUGUUGGUAGCCGCCCGCCUGCGGGGCCUGUAUUCUUCGGCCAUGGAUGGUAUGCGUUACAUGCGGUGAACGGAGAGAUGCUAUGCCCUG